UGUAUGACUGCUACUCUUCUACCGCUGAGAGGAUUACAGUAACGACACCUGUGGACUUGGUUAGCAGGACAGAGGGAUUAUACACUUUGCUGGAGACAACACAAGGACUUCAACAGCAGCCAUGGUGGACGCAGCGGCAGCAGAGCAGUUCCUGGAUGCCAACCCGCAGUUCGCCAAGCAGUACUAUGACAUAAACUUCCGGCCCAAGGUCAUCUCAGACCUGCUGGACAGCAACCGGAAGACAGGGUUGGACGUCAGCAAGUUCCACGAGCUGACGACGGUGGAGGAGAGCGAGGUCCUCUUCGACCUGGUGCGGGACAUCCAGGACAACCUGCAGAUGGAGAAAUCUGUCUUCAACCUCAUGAAACACCUCAGCUUCAUGUUGAGGGCCGACCGCAUGAGCCUCUUCAUGUACCGGCAGAGGAAUGGAGUGGCUGAGCUCGCAACCAGGUUAUUCAAUGUCCAUAAGGAUGCAGUGUUGGAUGACUGCCUGGUGCCACCUGACAGUGAGAUCGUGUACCCGUUAGAUAUCGGCAUUGUGGGCCACGUGGCGUCCAGCAAGAAGAUGGUCAACAUUCCUGAUGCGGCUGAGAGCCCUCAUUACAGUGACUUUGUGGACGAGCUGACCGAGUAUCGAACCAAGAACGUUCUUGCCGUCCCCAUCAUGAACGGUAAAGAUAUGGUGGCCGUCAUGAUGGCUGUCAACAAGUUGGACGGGCCACGCUUCACUGUGCAGGAUGAAGAGACCCUAAGCAAGUAUCUCUUCUUCGCCAACCUGCUCCUGAGAGUGUUCCACCUGAGCUACCUGCACAACUGUGAGACCAGGAGGGGACAGGUGCUGCUGUGGUCAGCCAGCAAGGUGUUUGAAGAGCUGACAGACAUAGAGAGGCAGUUCCACAAGGCCUUGUACACAGUCAGAGCUUUCCUCAACUGUGACCGUUACUCUGUGGGUCUGCUGGACAUGACCAAGACCAAGGAGUUCUUUGACCUGUGGCCAGUUCUGAUGGGAGAAGUUCCUCCGUAUGAUGGACCCAAAACUCCUGAUGGCAGGGAAAUUAUCUUCUACAAACUGAUUGACUACAUCCUACAUGGCAAAGAGGACAUCAAAGUCAUACCGAACCCCACACCAGAUCACUGGGUCCUGGUUAGCGGGUUACCAACCUACGUAGCAGAGACUGGACUGAUUUGCAACAUAAUGAAUACAGCUGAGGAUGAUUUUUUCAACUUCCAGAAAGAGCCUCUGGACGACUCCGGCUGGACCAUUAAGAACGUCCUGUCUAUGCCAAUCGUCAACAAGAAAGAAGAGAUAGUGGGUGUGGCCACGUUCUAUAACAGGAAGGAUGGGAAACCCUUCGAUGAAAUGGACGAAACACUGAUGGAGUCUCUUACCCAGUUCCUGGGCUGGUCAAUGCUGAACCCCGACACGUACGACAAGAUGAACAAACUGGAGAACAGGAAGGACAUCUUCCAGGACAUGGUGAUGUACCACAUCAAGUGUCGCAAGGAUGAAAUCCAGAACGUUCUGAACACCAGGGAGAGAUGGGGGAAGGAACCGGAUGAGUGCGAGGAAGAGGAGCUCCAAGAGAUUCUGUCGGAGGUCUUGCCGAACUCUAAGAAAUCUGAGAUCUUAGAGUUUCACUUCUGUGACUUUGAACACAGUGAACUGGACCUUGUGAAAUGCGGCAUCAAGAUGUACUACGAACUGAAAGUGGUGGACAAGUUUCACAUUCCCAGAGAGGUCCUGGUGAGGUUCAUGUACUCUCUCAGUAAAGGCUACCGGUGUAUCACCUACCACAACUGGAGACACGGAUUCAACGUCGGACAGACCAUGUUCACCCUGCUGAUGACAGGUGACCUGAAGCGUUACUACACAGAUCUGGAGUGUAUGGCCAUGGUGACUGCUGGCUUCUGCCACGAUAUCGACCACAGAGGAACCAACAACCUCUACCAGCUAAAGUCUGGUAAUCCUCUGGCGAAGCUUCACGGCUCCUCCAUCUUGGAAAGGCACCAUCUGGAGACUGGCAAGACUCUGCUGAGAGAUGAAUCGUUGAACAUUUAUCAGAAUCUGAACCGCCGUCAGCACGACACUGUCAUCCACCUCAUGGACAUCGCUAUUAUCGCCACUGACCUGGCUCUCUACUUCAAGAAGAGGACGAUGUUCCAGAAGAUCGUGGACCAGUCCAAGACCUACGAGAGCUGGAAUGACUGGACCAAGUACAUGAUGCUGGAGACCACGCGCAAAGAGAUUGUCAUGGCCAUGAUGAUGACUGCCUGUGAUCUGUCUGCCAUCGCCAAACCGUGGGAGAUUCAGAGCAAGGUGGCGCUGUCUGUAGCUGCAGAGUUCUGGGAGCAGGGAGACCUGGAGAGAACAGUCCUGGAGCAACAACCCAUUCCUAUGAUGGACAGAAACAAAGCAGCUGAUCUGCCGAAGCUGCAGUGUGGUUUCAUCGAUUUCGUUUGCGCUUUUGUGUACAAGGAGUUCAGUCGUUUCCAUGUGGAGAUCACCCCCAUGCUGGACCGCCUGCUGAAUAACAGGAAGGAGUGGAAUGCCCUGAAGGAGGAGCAUGAGGCCAAACUGGCUGCCCUCGAGGAGGCCAAGAAAGCCAAGGAGGAGGAAGCACAGAAAACUGGGGGGGCCAAACAAGCGAGUGCAGCCCAGUCACAAUCAAAGACUUGCAUUCUCAGCUAGAGAUGCUACAACAGUACCAGCUUGCUUGCUACAUGGAUGUGGUCCAGCACUGGGUUUCCUCAAAAAUAAUGUAUUAUACAGUAAACUUCAAAACACUUUACAGAUGUCUCCUAUGGCUGUAUUUAUUGAUAUUUUGUCCCUUCGACGCUUUCCUCUACUGCUUUCCUUCUGCACUGCUUCUUGCACCAGCAUAUGUUAUAUGUCAUAUGUUGAAAAUCAAGAAAGAAAAAAAUUAUUUCAAAAAACACUAUUUAUUCAGCUUUACCGUGCACAUUGCUUUAAAUUGAUUAUAACAGUGCUGGCUGCUAGCCCUAACUGAAACCAGCAACCAAAUGUAGUAGCUAAUGGGCUAAAACAUGAAACGAGUCCAUUUAAUCUGGGAUGGUGGCUGGUCUACAUCUAAUCCAAAUUUCCACAUCAAAAAAUGUUUAGUUUUGCAAAAACCUCUGGUUGGUCAAAACCGGACAAAAUGUGCAAAAUGUAGAAGCUGAAAACAUCUGCAGUCUGAGGAUGUGGCUUUCAUGAACCCUUGAUUGAAAAGGUUGAAGACAAAAGAUGUCAAAAAGAUUUAGAUAGUAGCAAAAGAAGGUCUAAGACAAUCAACAAUUCAUAGCUCAGAUUGUCAGGCGUUUUGGUGUUUUAAGGGAUUUUGCAUAAUAUCCUGUGUAUUUUGUAGAUGUUGAUCCUUUAUGAUGCAGUAAUAUUAACGGAGAGUGAAACAGGGCAUAUCAACACUGUCUGUGAAUCAAAUGUCAACAGUUAUUUUGUAUUUUUGGCUCAGGUCUUGUGACAUUCACUGUGUUGACACAUUAGUCUCAGCUUGUUUGUCUGUAUGCUGUCAAGAAGUCAGAAUGUAUAAUGAGCAUGAAAAGAAACAGAACUUAGCUUGUAAGAUAGAUGUACGUGUUGUUCUGUUAUUGGUCCGUCACUGAGAGCUCAUUUUCUGCUCUGCACUAUUGGUUUGACUCGAUACUGUAAAUUGAAAUCUGUUAUAAGCUUGUCCAUACUAACAAAUUAUUAUAUGCAAAAUUGUCUUUCUGUAGACUCAUUUCUCUCUCAACACACAGCAUGUAUUACUUUUACUGUAGUUGGUGAUGAGGAAAUGUGACAGUGCUUAUAAGUCACUUUGCUGAGAUUAGUAAAGAUUAUUGCUAUUUUCUUACUGAAUUACUUCAA